CUCCUGGUUGCUGACUGACUGCGGCUGUCCCUACCCAUAAUCCCAUGCGCUAUGCAGCAGGUGACCCGGAAAUAUCGCCCCGCCCCUUCCUGUACACAGAGCUCCGCCCCCGGUCUUCUCCAGGUUUGCACAAUAGUGAAGAAGACAUCUGAUGAGUGUGAGACACCCAGCAGCGAUCCCCGUGUGUCAGGAGGACUAAGCAGAACCCAGAGCCCCAUAACUGUGCCUCCACCUCACUCACUAAUACAUGAGAGACACAGUGACCAGAAGAUCCUGGAACUCACCAACAAGAUCAUUCAGUUGCUGACUGGAGAGGAAGGGGAGUAUAUAGAGGAACACAGGGGUCUGUACAAGGACGUGAUGAUGGAGAAUCACCGGCCCCUCACAUCAAUGGAUGGACCCAGUAACAGAGAUACCCCAGAGAGAUGUCCCCGUCCUCUCUAUUCCCAGGAUUGUACAGAGGAGAAUCACGGAAUCCCACAGGAGGAUCAGGUAGAACGUCUGUCUGAUAUUAAAAUAGAAGAUAUAGAGGGAGAAGAAGAGAUGUAUGUGACUGAUAUAAAGACAGAAGACAUAGAGGGAGAAGAAGAGACGUAUGUGACUGAUAUAAAGGCAGAAGAUAUAGAGGGAGAAGAAGAGACGUAUGUGACUGAUAUAAAGUCAGAAGAUACAGAGGGAAAAGAAGAGACGUAUGUGACUGAUAUAAAGGCAGAAGAUAUAGAGGGAGAAGAAGAGACGUAUGUGACUGAUAUAAAGUCAGAAGAUACAGAGGGAAAAGAAGAGAUGUAUGUAACUGAUAUAAAGGCAGAAGAUACAGAGGGAGAAGAAGAGACGUAUGUGACUGAUAUGAAGGGAGAAGAUAUAGAGGGAGAAGAAGAGACGUAUGUGACUGAUAUAAAGGCAGAAUAUAUAGAGGGAGAAGAAGAGACGUAUCUGAGAGGUGAUCAGCAGUCUAAGGAGGAGGAGAUCCCUACAGAUAUCAGCACAGCAGAUGGACACACAAGCAGGAAUAUCUCAGAAGGACAUCUAAUGUUAUCCCCGGAUUGUGACAUAAAAGAUAAUGACAGUAGACAGGAUUCUCCAGGAGAUAACCUCAUUACCCCAAUUAUACAUCCAGCUCUAUCAGCUGAUCCCUCUGAUCCUGGGAAAUGUUCUCCUGAUCACUCUGAUAUUGGUGCAUCUGUUACAGCUCUGACAGUAGAUACAGUGUUUCCCUGUUCUAUAGAUGCCAAAUGUUUUAUACAGAACACAAAGCUUAUUACCCAUCAGCCAGCUAAGGCAGGUGAGAGGCCAUUUCCAUGUUCUGAGUGUGGGAAAUGUUUUACACGGAAAUCAGAUCUUGUUACACAUAAGAGAAGUCACACAGGUGAGAAGCCAUUUUCUUGCUCUGAGUGUGGGAAAUGUUGUUUAAGUAAAUCACAUCUUGUUAUACAUUACAGAAGUCACACAGGUGAGAAGCCAUUUUCUUGCUCUGAGUGUGGGAAAUGUGUUAGACGGAAAUCACAACUUGUUACACAUCAGCGAAGUCACACAGGUGAGAGGCCAUUCCCAUGUUCUGAGUGUGGGAAAUCUUUUACACAGAAAUCACAUCUUGUUAAACAUCAGCGAAGUCACACAGGUGAGAAUCCAUUUCCAUGUUCUGAGUGUGGGAAAUCUUUUACACACAAAUCGUAUCUUGUUAUACAUCAGAGAAGUCACACAGGUGAGAGGCCAUUUCCAUGUUCUGAGUGUGGGAAAUGUUUUGCACGGAAAUCACAUCUUGUUGACCAUCAGCAAAGUCACACAAGUGAGAAGCCAUUUCCAUGUUCUGAGUGUGGGAAAUGUUUUACACGGAAAUCGCAUCUUGUUAAACAUCAGAAAAGUCACACAGGUGAGAAUCCAUUUCCAUGUUCUGAGUGUGGGAAAUGUUUUACACAGAAAUCACAUCUUGUUGCACAUCAGCAAAGUCACAUAGGGGAGAAGCCAUUUCCAUGUUCUGAGUGUGGGAAAUGUUUUACACAGAAAUCACAUCUUGUUAAACAUCAGAAAAGUCACACAGGUGAGAAUCCAUUUUCUUGCUCUGAGUGCGGGAAAUGUUUUACACGGAAAUCAGAUCUUAUAACACAUCAGCGAAGUCACACAGGUGAGAAGCCAUUUCCAUGUUCUGAGUGUGGGAAAUAUUUUGCACAUAAAUCAUAUCUUAUUAAACAUCACAGAAGUCACACAGGUGAGAAGCCUUUUCCAUGUUCUGAGUGUGGGAAAUGUUUUACACACAAAGCAGAUCUUGUAAAACAUCAGAGAACUCACACAGGUGAGAAGCCAUUUCCAUGUUCUGAGUGUGGGAAAUGUUUUGCACACAAAGCAGAUCUUGUAAAACAUCAGAGAACUCACACAGGUGAGAAGCCAUUUUUUUGCUCUGGGUGCGCGAAAUGUUUUACACAGAUCUCACAUCUUGUUAAACAUCAGCGAAGUCACACAGGUGAGAAUCCAUUUCCAUGUUCUGAGUGUGGAAAAUGUUUUGGACACAAAUCAGAUCUUAUUAAACAUCAGAGAAGUCACACAGGUGAGAAGCCAUUUUCUUGCUCUGAGUGCGGGAAAUGUUUUACCUGGAAAUCAGAACUUGUUACACACCAGCAAAUUCACACAGAUGAGAAGCCAUUUCCAUACUCUGAGAAGUAAAUCAGCUCUUGUUGCACACAAUAGACAUCACUCAGGUGAGGAACCAUUUUAAUCUUCUGGAGUAUACUCAUCAUUGCCAUGCAUUGUUCUUCAAGGUUCUCAUCCUAUCUCCUAUGCUUUUUGCAAUAUACAUGUUACCACUAAAUAAAAUAAUCAGAUGUCAUGCCCUCA